AUGACUGACGCAGGAGAUUGGUGUUUGAUUGAAAGUGAUCCUGGUGUGUUUACUGAAUUGAUCUCCAAUAUGGGAUGCAAAGGUGUACAGGUGGAGGAAAUCUGGAGUUUGGAUCCUGAAUUCACAGCAGAUCUUGGACAAGUCUAUGGACUUAUUUUCCUGUUCAAAUGGCAAAACAAAAAGAGCUAUGCGCCUCCAGCUGAUGAAAAUGCUGAUCAUGUAUUCUUUGCAAACCAAGUUAUCAAUAAUGCAUGUGCAACACAAGCCAUUCUUUCCAUUUUACUCAACAGAGAUGACCUUGAUCUCGGCGAAGAAUUGAGAAACUUCAAGGAAUUUACAGCUGAUUUCCCACCUGAUAUGAAGGGUUUGGCCAUCUCCAACAGUGAAUUGAUUCGUUCAGUGCACAACAGUUUUGCUAGAUCAGAUCCUUUUGUCAAUGAGAUGGUGGAUCCCAAUGCUGGUAAAGAUCAAGAUGUCUAUCAUUUCAUUGCAUUUACGCCGAUCCAUGGUGCGCUUUACGAGCUGGAUGGUUUGAGUAGAGGUCCUGUGAAUUUGGGUCCUUGUGAUGACUCCAGUUGGGUCGAAAAAGCAAACGAAGCCAUCAAGAAGCGCAUGGAGAGCUACGGUUCAGCUGCAUUGCACUUUAGUCUGAUGGCCUUGAUCAGAGAUAAAGUAGAGCAAAUGGAGGAGAUGAUUGAGGAAACAGAUGGCAUCCUGUUAUCGUUAUCUGAGGAUGAUGUGGAGGCAAGAAAUAGAGCAAAUCACAGUCGCAUGAUGUAUGAACAAGUGUUACAGCAAGAGCAAGAUAAGAGAAAGAAGUGGCACAGAGAAAAUGUAUUAAGAAAACACAACUUUAUACCGAUUAUCUACAACCUGUUGAGAAAUCUUGCCGAGAAAGAUCAACUAGACCCACUUGUUGCUCAAGCAAAAGAAAAGGCCAAAAGCAGAACUACCCAAUAA